AAGAGAGCGCCGGGGAGGGGUGGAGAAAAGCGGGACCCGGAAGGCGCUGGGGAAGCUGCCCCUGCGGCGACGCGCGCUCCGAGGAGUGCGGCGGGGAGGGUCUGAGCCGGCGCGCGGCGUAUGACCGCCAAGGCUGCGGCGCCUGGAACAGGUUGCUCCACCCCGCCCAGGAAUCAGACGAGGGAGAACCCGCUCGGCUGCGACUGCCAACUCGCGCCGAGUGCGUCUGCGAACUCCCGGGGUGGAGUCCCGCGUCCUGCCACCUCCCUGCGGGGCGCGCUCUGCUCGCUUCCCCAGGCCCCGCGUUCUCCCGCCGCCCCAACCCUUCCCCACUUUUUCCCCUUUUUGCAAUCACAUGGCAUUUUAAGAAUGCCGGAAAGAUGGCGGUAGCGGCGGCGGCGGCGGCGGCGGGGCCGGCUGUCGGGGGAGGCGGCCGGGCGCAGCGGAGCGGGCUGCUGGAAGUUUUGGUGCGGGAUCGCUGGCACAAAGUUCUGGUGAACUUGAGCGAGGACGCCCUCGUUCUGAGUUGCGAGGAGGGCGCUGCGGCGUACAAUGGCAUCGGGACCGCCACCAAUGGCUCGUUCUGCAGGGGCGCCGGGGCCGGGCAUUCGGGCGCAGGCGGCGCGCAGCCCCCGGACUCGCCGGCCGGAGUCCGGACCGCCUUCACCGACCUACCGGAGCAGGUGCCCGAGUCCAUCUCGAACCAGAAGCGGGGCGUGAAGGUGCUGAAGCAGGAGCUGGGCGGGCUAGGCAUCAGCAUCAAGGGGGGCAAGGAGAACAAGAUGCCCAUCCUCAUCAGCAAGAUCUUCAAGGGGCUGGCGGCGGACCAGACCCAAGCCCUGUACGUGGGCGACGCCAUCCUGUCGGUGAACGGAGCCGACCUGCGGGACGCCACCCACGACGAGGCGGUGCAGGCGCUGAAGCGCGCGGGCAAGGAGGUGCUGCUGGAAGUGAAGUACAUGCGAGAAGCCACGCCCUACGUGAAGAAAGGCUCCCCGGUGUCCGAGAUUGGCUGGGAAACUCCUCCCCCUGAAUCUCCUCGGCUGGGGGUUGGCUCCUCAGACCCUCUGUCUCCGCAGCCGUUUUCCUUCCAUCGAGACAGGAAAAGCAUCCCGCUCAAGAUGUGCUAUGUCACUAGGAGUAUGGCCUUGGCUGACCCUGAGAACAGGCAGCUUGAAAUCCACUCUCCAGAUGCGAAGCACACAGUGAUCCUAAGGAGCAAGGACUCGGCCACGGCCCAGGCCUGGUUCAGUGCCAUCCAUGCCAACGUGAGCGACCUGCUGAGCCGAGUGAUUGCCGAGGUCAGGGAGCAGCUGGGGAAAACAGACAUUGCUGGGAGCCGAGAGAUCAGGCACCUUGGCUGGCUUGCAGAAAAGGUGCCAGGAGAAAGCGAGAAGCAGUGGAAGCCAGCCCUCGUUGUGCUGACUGAGAAGGAUCUUUUAAUCUAUGACAGCAUGCCACGGAGAAAGGAGGCCUGGUUAAGCCCAGUUCACACGUACCCUCUUCUUGCCACCAGGCUGGUCCAUUCAGGUCCUGGGAAGGGAUCGCCCCAGGCUGGUAUGGAUCUGUCCUUUGCAACACGAACUGGUACCAGGCAAGGGAUUGAAACACAUAUCUUCAGGGCAGAGAUCAGCAGGGACCUCUCCCACUGGACAAGGAGCAUAGUACAGGGUUGCCACAACUCGGCUGAACUCAUCACCGAGAUCACUGCUGCUUGCACCUAUAAAAACCAGGAGUGCCGUUUGACCAUUCAUUAUGAAAAUGGAUUUUCUAUUACCACUGAACCACAGGAAGGUGCCUUUCCCAAAACAAUCAUACAGUCUCCUUAUGAAAAGCUCAAAAUGUCUUCAGAUGAUGGGAUCAGGAUGCUGUGUUUAGAUUUUGGAGGCAAGGAUGGAGAGAUUCAACUGGACCUUCACUCCUGCCCCAAGCCGAUUGUUUUCAUCAUUCAUUCUUUCCUGUCAGCUAAGAUUACAAGACUGGGCUUGGUGGCUUGAAUAGAGGGGCAACUGGCUUUUGAGAAAAGGAGGACGGCAAGGCCCCCCAGAAAGUGUAACAGUGAGCAGUGCACCAGAGGACACAUUGCCACAGUCAGCUUUAGGUCUCAGGGUUUGUGUAACUGCCCCAGACUUCUCUGUCAGUUUUAGCAACUGCAAGGGGACCCUAAGAAAAUACCACAAGGUAUCUCAGAAUAAAAUUGUUUCUUUUGAGAACAGUAAAAGGUUAAAGGCAUGAGGGUGAUUGGAAGUACACGGCAUAGCUUUUAAAUAAUGACAGUCAAGGACAUGAGCACUAAAGGAGCAUGCAGAUCUUAAUCAUACCAGUUCCUAGGCAACUGGUUCACCCAGGUAAGCAAGGCCUGAAUAGAUGAGAAAUGGACAUUUUGCCUCUCUCUUCCCCCAGUAACAAUGUUCCCUUGUUUUAUUGUGAUUUAUUUCCUAUUUCUGAUCCGGCUGACUUUCAGUGGUAGGAAAGAAAAAGUACUUCAAACAGAAACCCACCUUUUACUUAAAUAAGGCAGCCGUUACUUUUUUCUUUAAUGAAUUAUCUUGCAGCGAUGUAGAAGGAUUCUGAAGUGUUCUCAUUAGCAUAUACUGAGCAGGAAUUAAAUAAAGCAUCUGAUACUGAUCUGAGCCAUAAAUGGGGUGGAAUCUGAGCCAAAGUAGACUGCUGAAAUUGCAAAGCACUGCUGCAGAGUUGUGUGCAUGAAAGAUUGAUUCUGGGACUGUAUUCAUACCACUGAUACCAAGGUCUGCUGUCUUAUAGCCAAGACAGUGAAUAGGAUGCUAGCAGGUGAAAUGGCCUGACAGCCUUAUAGGAAGCAAAUUCUGGGUAUUUUUUAAAAGGAUUGUCACUUGAUUUAUAUAUACAUAUAUAUAUAUAAAAUUCACAUGGUUGGGGGUUGAAUAAUUAUCCACAUUCUAUGGUUUUCAGUGGAAUUACUGAGCAAUUUAUUGACCUUUGUUUCUGCCUGUGCCUGUAUGCAUGCAUUUUUGAACAAGUAAUAGUGCAGCCUUGUUUAAUUCUGCAUGAUGCUGGGUUUUACAUAGCGACUCAGCGCUAUGAUCAAAUUGCUUCUAUUGUAGCAUCCGUGACUCUUUCGGAAUUCCAGGGAAAUAAUAUAAUGACCUGAUAUUUUUCUACAAGAAUAUUUUCAGACAGCACAGAGCAUGUACUGAUUUAAGGCUUUUGCUCUUAUUUUUUAAAAACUAAUUCACUAAAAAUAACUCCCAUUAUUUGGUUUUGGAAUCACUUUCUUCAAAUUUUGAAAAUUAGCUCUAGAAUUUUUGAAGGCAUUUAUUAAACUUCUUUCCCCUAUAGUUUACAUAGACAAACAUUCUGGGUUAGAAUUGUGUGCUUUUUCAGAAUCAUAAUUUAGCAAAAACCUAUAUAAAAAGCUUUAAAAACUGAAAUUGUUUUCAGGGAAGGUGACUUUGCUCACUCAGACAUAUGCAUUUUUUGAAUUGCAAGGUUUUAUUUUAGAUUAGCGUUUCCCCAAGUACGUAUCAUGUAACACUAGUUCCAAAGAGGAUUGAUUGAGCAGUGUUUUGUGGGAAGGGGGCAAAAUGAGGUUUGGCAAUCCAAACAAGUUUGUCAAAUGCAACAGUAAAUGCUAAAUGGAUUUCAAGAUUACAGGCCCUCUCAAAGACUUUAAACUAACUUUGUGACUCCUCAAAAGCAGAUGUUGUUUGCAAUUCCUCAUACUCGCCUACAGAACUCCUUUCACAGGGAGCAUUUUGUGAAGCUAGUGCUUUAAAAAAAAAACAUUUCGGAAAAUGCAGCUUUAGACAUUGUAUUUUUUUGUUUGUGUGUUUGUUUCCUACUGUAAAAUGCUGAUGAGUGAAGUCCCAGCCUGAAUACUGUAGGAAAGCUUUGAUGCAUUUGUAAAUUAAACUGACUCUCAUUAAAUAUUCUCAAAAUCA